AUGUCUGCGCCACUACCGACCAAUCCUAAAUCACAUUCAGAAGAUGAUCCACAUACGGAAGCGACUCUAGAAUCGAAUUCAGAUUCACAGUCAAUAAUUGAAUCAGCUUCUUCACCCACUGCAACUAUAAGGCAACCGUCAAUAACAAACGUUCCUAAUGUCUCACAGACUUUUGCUGAUAUCCUGAAAUCACCUCCCCCACCACCCGCACAAUCCACUUCCUCAUCGACGCCCAAUCAACAGCAACAACGACAAACUAUAUCAGGCGGAAUGGAUAUGUCACAAUCACAUGAGCUUAAACGUUCUAAUAGUAGUCAACAACAACAAGAAUUAGGGAAAGGCAGACCUGGGAAUUCAAUUGGAAACUCAACUGGACACAAUCAGGAUACCAAUAUCACAGCGAUACAAAAAGAGGCUUUUCUUAAUGCUUUGUCUCAAGGAGUAACGGGAGGAGACGCACGGAUCGCGUGA